GGACGGCCGCUGAGCUUGUCUGCGCGCGCGUGGAGCAGCUCAGAAGAUAAGAUAACAGUCCACUUCAAGAACCGUGAUGGUGAAACACUAACAGCCACGGGGAAGGUCGGCGACUCCCUGCUAGAUGUUGUGGUUGAAAAUAAUCUGGACAUUGAUGGUUUUGGUGCUUGCGAGGGGACUUUGGCUUGCUCCACCUGCCACCUUAUCUUCGAGGAUCAUAUAUAUGAGAAGUUAGAUGCCAUCACUGAUGAGGAGAACGACAUGCUUGACCUGGCUUAUGGACUCACAGACAGGUCACGGUUGGGCUGCCAAGUCUGUCUGACCAAGGCUAUGGACAAUAUGACUGUUCGUGUGCCUGAGGCAGUGGCGGAUGUCAGACAGUCUGUUGACAUGAGCAAGAAUUCCUAAGAUACAUUAAAAAAAAUAUUUUCAUGAAAUUUUUACCUAUUUUUAUAAUUAUUUCCCAGUAUAAUUAAAUGAUUACACAACAGAAUAUA